CUACGCUAUUUGCCGCCAACAAAGCCCGCCAUGUUGUUUGUUUACCCUGUGACGUGUAAAUCAACGACCUAUCAGCUGCGAGCUUCGGGGAAAGCCAACAACCAAUCGUUUUUGUGCCCACUCGCACAGGGCUUUAGAGGUGAUGCAUUGAAACUCCGAGGAAUUGUCGGAAAACGCGAAACUUUUUGUGUUAUUGACAUUCUCACGGUGCGUUACCUGGUUCGCUGUCUUUAGUGUGACGCCUAAACCGUAAGCCGAUCAACCUGGGUCGGCCGCACGGAGCACCUGAGCACCGCUAAGCUCCCGUUAACUCCCGGAAAUGUCCCGUCCGGACAAAAGCCUCCUACUGCUGCUUUUUCUUGUGCUGGUCCACACUGUCCAAGGUUCCGAGGCGAGGGCGGACGAGUGCGCUGACGUGAGCAACACCACCUGGCUGCAGUACCGCCAGCAGAGGCAGCAGCAAGCGCAGUCCCGGGUUCUCUACCUGCUGAUGACCCGAGAACGCCCGGGCUGCGCGCAGGCCUUCCACAAGAUGGGGGGGAGCGCCUUCAAUGUCAUGCGGCCCACCAAGGUCAUCGUACACGGAUACAGGGCGCUGGGCAGUCAGCCUCGGUGGGUUUUGGAUCUGGCCGAGGCGCUGCUGGAGGUGGAGGACGCCAACGUGCUGAUAGUAGACUGGGUCCACGGCGCCUCAUUCGCGUACAACCUGGCGGUGGACAACUACAAGGAGGUGGCCGUGCACGUCUCCGUCCUCAUCAACCAGCUGCAGAUAUACGGAUGCAAGCUGGAGUCGUUCCACUUCAUCGGCAUCAGUCUGGGGGCGCACGUGGCCGGAUUUGUGGGAACCCUCUUUGAGGGAAAGAUCGGAAGGAUCACGGGUUUGGACCCGGCCGGUCCCAUGUUUAAGAACGCUGACACCUUCGAUCGUCUGGACCCUUCAGAUGCACAGUUUGUGGACGCCAUCCACACCGACUCAGACUACUUUGGCAUCUCCAUCCCGGUCGGCCACGUGGACUUUUUCUUGAACGGCGGAAACGACCAGACGGGAUGCGCACAAUCGCGAUUCGCCUCUGUGUACGGCUAUGUGAUUUGCGACCACAUGAGGGCGCUGUACGUGUACAUGAGCGCCCUCAACUCCUCGUGUCGCCUGAGCGGCAUCCCUUGCGAAAGCUACCAAAACUUCCUGCAGGGACGAUGCCGCCACUGUGACGCCUUCAGGGGAAAUUGUCCCACCAUCGGUUUGUCGGAAAAGUGCGGCAUCACCUCAACUCCCCUCCCCGAGGUGCAGAAGCUGUUCCUCCUCACCACGUCCCAGCCGCCUUUCUGCGCUCAUCACAUAGUGCUCGUGCUGGAGGCCUCUCCUCUCACUAAAAGCGCCAAAGUGGAAGUAACACUGACCACCGGUGAUGUCAACACACGACAACAACUCUUGCUUCAAACGCAAACAAGAGCGCACACGACGGUGUUGGCUCACCCGGCGGCGCUGUGCGAGAUCCACUCCAUCACCCUGAAAAACACGGGGGCCCGCUUCUACCGUCAGAACGACAUCCAUCUCAAGUCCGUCUGCCUAUCUCAGAUCGCCUCGCCCACGCACGAGGAGCCACUGUGCGUGAACAACGUCAAUAUUCGACGAGGAUCUCCGUGGUCACAUGACUUUGUACAGGUGUGCGGGGUCUUCUGAAGCCCGAGGUUAACAUAAACGUGUUUUAUUGUUUGAAAUUAUUGUUUGUUCCUAGCCAUGCAUCUGAAAAUUAAUGAAAAGUCUCAUCAAUUUAAUCCGAGUGGAGACUAAAGGCAGUAACAAAACAGGGAAACUAUUGAGUAGGAUAAGUUAGCAUGUGUUUUAUGGUUUUCAUUUCACAGGCAUUUACAUACUGUAAAAUAAGCAAAGAAAAAAAAUGUAGCAGCCAUGUGUAGCCUGUACAUGAAGCAUUCCAGGAAGUAGACAGUCCCAAACAACAUUUUAACUGCACAGAAGCUUUAUGGAGAAAUGUUGGCCCCUUGUGGUAAUAAAUCAACCAUAAUUGGACAAUUUCA